UCAAAUGUCACCUGUAGACAGAUUCUAGAUCUCCUCUACUAGGCGGACUAGGUAUCACCUCUUGUAGGCGGAUCAAAUGUCACCUGUGGGCGGAUGCUAGGUCUCCUCUACUAGACGGACUAGGUAUCACCUCUUGUAGGCGGGUCAAAUGUCAUCUGUAAUAAGGAGACCUAGUAUUUUCUCUUUACAUCGAGUUUGGUUUCUUGAUUAUCGAGGACAGUAUUCCAAGACUUUUUAUUCUGCUUCUAUCUAUCAGAAUAGCGCUAAGAAUUGUUUUCCCAGACGUUCUAUCUUGAAUACCGUAUAACAAUAGGCCGCUAUGGAUGAUCCAAUGUGCCCUUCGAAAGACUCGUCGGUUCCAUCAAAAACAGCGAAUUGGAUAUCCAAACCUUCGUCGUCGGAUUUUCUUCCGGAGAACUGCAUUACAGAUUUACCAGUCGUUAUCAGGUGGACAAAUAAUCGUUCAGCUCACUUUAUCGGUGCAGACCAUCACCAACUCCGAAUGAAUAUACAACUUGGUACAGACAAAAACCCCGAAUUGCUCUUUUGGUUUAGCAUAUCAGUUUCAGUUAGCGCGAACCCAAAAUCCUCUCAUACACGUACAAAGUCUCUCUACUUCGUUGUCAAAGGCAGUUUGAUUGAUCGGGAUACAGAUGAUAACUGUCUAUCCUUAGAUUAUUCACAGUCUAAGUAUUGUUUCGAUACUUACGCUAGUAUACGAAAUGCUGGUAUAAUGACUGAUGAGAGCUCUCUUUGCUGUACAUUGUUUAAGCUUCACGAUCAUGGCACAGUAUUCAUGCCCCCAUAUCAAAAUUGUCCCUUCACUCCCAUAUCGGAUAAUGCCUUGGAUCUAUUGAAGGAGAUACAGUCCCUUUCACAGGCCAAAAGAUUCCGGGUAUUCAUAUCGUCUGAAGGAGUAGCACUUUCAUCUUUUUGGAAAACGAUUGAUAAAAGAUGUCGAGGAACCUUUACAGAUGAUUUUACAACUCAGAAGAGUGUAUAUAAAAAGGGUAUGGUAUGUGACGAAUGGAAGAAUUUCAAUCCGUUUGUGAAACAGAAGAACUCGGCAAUACAUCAAAAUACUCUUCAUAACAAAAAGCAUAACUCGGAAUCCCUACCACUAUAUACCAAGGGAUACCAAAGUACUGGAAUGAAACGUAAAGAUAGUGAUCGCCUGAAUGAUUCUCAUGGAGUCUGUAGCGAAAAUGAUGAACUCGAUCAACGGUUUAUAGGAACCGAAAGCGAGGAAGAAGUGGAAACAGAGCGGCCGGGCAAAUACACCAAGAUAUCUUCCGGUAAAAUGCCAUCAGGUGUUCAUAAUACUGUCACUGGUCCUAACCAUAAAUCUAAUAAAUCCUACGCAGAUCGUCAAAAUCCUCAAGUUCAGUUCGCUGAACCUUGUAGCGAAGUCUUGAACCCCCUCGAAGAGAGUUACCUCGAAAAGCAAUUAGCUGCUUUCAUAUGCUGGAUAUUAGAGUUCGACUCACACUUGGAGAAGGCUUGUGAGCAGGUCUUUUUAGAUCUUGGCGAAGCAGUGACUUGUGGAGAUAGAAUCGAAUUUAACAAAAUAAAAUCGAAAUGUAUGGCGGAAAUUUACUGUAAAUAUACGAAGAGAGGAUCUGAAUGGGUUUUGAAGGAUACUAGGACAUGAAAAUGAGGAGAGGGAUAUGCUUGUUCACUUAACAAUCCCGUGGGGUAGAUAAGCUAAAGUCGACCAACAACAACGACUACUGCGGAAUUGGAAAUUGGGUAGCAAUUCAUCUUGAUUACUAUCGCUAAAAUCAAUUAUUCCAUCUCCUGCUUGCAAGCGAGGG